AAGAAAGCCAAUAAAGAGCUGGAGGAGAAGAACAGGAUGUUGCAGGAAGACCCCGUUCUCUUCCAGCUCUAUAAGGACUUAGUGGUGAGUCAGGUGAUCAGCGCUGAGGAGUUCUGGGCCAAUCGGCUGAGCCUGAAUACUGUGGAACACUCCCUCUCCAACAACAACAAACAGGAAGUGGGCAUUUCUGCUGCCUUCCUGGCCGACAUCAGACCGCAGACAGAUGGCUGCAACGGCCUGCGCUACAAUCUGACCUCUGACAUCAUCGAGUCGAUCUUCAGGACCUACCCUACAGUCAAGCAGAAAUAUGCUGAGAAUGUUCCUCACAACAUGACGGAGAAGGAGUUCUGGACGCGGUUCUUUCAGUCUCAUUACUUCCACAGAGACCGGAUCAGCACGGGCCAGCAGGACAUCUUCUCAGAGUGUGCCAAACAGGACGAGAAGGGCCUGAAAUCAAUGGUGACCCAGGGAGUGAAGAACCCCAUGGUGGAUCUGCUUUCACUCGAGGAUAAAUCAUUAGAUGAGGGUUACGGCACAGCAACAGUUCCCACUACAUCAAACUCAUCCAACAAAUCACUGAGAGAGAACAGCAACUCUGCCAUAAUCAAACGCUUCAACCACCACAGUGCCAUGGUGCUGGCGGCCGGCCUACGCAAAGC